AUGUCACUACAGCCGCUACGUGGAGAUUAUGAUAAAACUAAAACCCGAGGUCGUAAUUGGAGCACAGAAGAAGACGAAGCGCUCUGUUUGGCCUGGCUCAAUAUUUCACAAGAUCCAAUUAGCGGAACAGGCCAAAAACUGGACACUCUGUACAGUCGUGUGUUCAGUUUAUUUAUUGAGCUGUGUACGGAAAGAGGUUACUACAAUGCUGAACUGCGAGGAGUCACGGGAGUAAAACACAGAUGGCUACUGAUCAGUAGGGCAUGCAGUAAAUUUGCGGGCUGUGUGACCCAGGUGCUUACUAAACAGCAAAGCGGUGCCUCAAGCUCUGAUUUUAUGAAACAGGCACUGAUUCUUUAUAAAACGGCCACAAAAUCACCAUUUGUAUUGCUUCAUGCUUUCAAAAUUCUAGAAAACGCGCCGAAGUGGCAGGUGUAUAUGCACAACAAAAACAAAAAUUGUUCUGAAUCGCCAAAGAAUGUAAAUGAAGGAAGUGGUAAAGAAAACAGUUGCCCCUUGACCAAUACCUCUAGGCCCAUGGGUUUAAAACGCUCUAAAAAUUCAGGAAAGGUCGAUUCCGUAGCCAAUGCAGCUGUUCAACUUGCGCAGGCAAGUGACAAAAUAGCUGAAAUCGCCAAGAAGAAAAUAGAGCUUGGUUUGCAAAAAACGCACGCUUUCAACCGCAUGGUCGAUCACUCGAUCAUGAGUGUUGACUUUUCCAAAUUAAGUGCCGUGGCGAGAACGUACUAUAGGCGAGAACAAGCCAGAAUUUUGGCAGAAGUGAUGAAACAUGGUGUGGAACAUAACAAUCGAUCUUCUGAACUGGCUUCAGAUGAAGAGUCUCUCAACCCCAUCGAAUUAUUGGAAACGGAUGAAGAGGAUGACUCCAACAGUAACCCACAGCGAAAAAAAUUGAGACAAGAAACAGAAAGAAACCUAAGCGAUUUUGUUGAAGAUGCAGAUGGUGUGCCAUCCGACAUCGACGGUUUGGAUGAUUCAAAUCCAAUCGAGUUUCUCGAAGAAGCUUCGGACUAA